AUGCCGCCCAAACCGCGGUCCGAUUUACAUCCGAAACGGCCUGUAGAAAAAGGCCGGUGCGGCGACAUGCGCGAACGCACUGGACGGCUAGAGCCGCGCGCGCGCCGACGCAAAAACGACCAAUCAUUAGGAGGCGCCACACGAGGGCCCCAUUUAAAACCAUGUGCGGUGGUUUUAUUCCCGCCGAGGCGCUGCGAUCACCCCUCCCCUGCCUCCCCCUGCCGCCCCGUCGCCGGCGCCUCGUUUCACGCUCGCGCCUCCGACCGGCCGAGCAACCUUCCUGCAACCAUUGUCAGUUAUAACGAGCCUCCGACGCCACAAGCCCUGCACCCGCUUCCC